AUGGAGCUUGCUCUCGAAACGCCCUACCUGAUGCAUGCAAUCAAUGGAGUGUCUGCUGACCACCUCUGUCAUCUUCUUCCUGCGGCUCAACAUCCAGUUCAACAUGCCCAAAGCCAGUUGGCGGCGUUUUACCAUUGGCAAAAGGCACUGCACUUGUUUCGAGAAGAGCUGUCGAACGGUGCUACCAAGGAGAAUAUGGACGGGCUGAUAUCUGCCGUCAUGCUGAUCUGCGUGCACCAGUUCAUGCUCAACGAGCCCUUACUUGAUCCCAGCAAAAGCUUCAUAUACGCACCGCCAGAAGCACGGCGAGAAUGCCUUACAUGGUUGACCAUCCAACACGGAAUCAAGGCACUGCGAGGCCAACUGGGGGAGGUCAUGUGGAAAUCCAUCUGGAGCCCGGUGAUUAUGGACUCGGAAAUAUUUCAGCCGCCACCAAACUACAUGACUCCAAAGGGCGGUGACGAGACACACGGUUUGUUCUUGGAAAUCUGCGAAGUGACAGCAGAAUCUUCGUGCGAGACGAACCCUUACUACGAAGCACUGCAACACCUACUGUAUGUUCGGCGACUGAAACCCAGCUUGACCACUUUCAACAAGUUGGUUGAAUUCGUUGCCGUCGUAGAAGACGACUUUCUCCGUCUACUGCUGAAGAGAGAUACACGAGCGUUGCUGAUUCUGGCACAUUGGCUGGCGAUGAUGAGCGAGCUGGGACAGUGGUGGCUGAGCGUGAGAUGUAAGACCGAGUGCACUGCUAUCACGACGUAUCUGAUGCAUGAUCGGGAUGAGAGGGUGAGGGAGUUGUUGAGGUAUCCAGCGAGGACUCUGGGAAUCGUGCUGGUGAGAAGGGAUGAGGGCUUAUGA